AUGCCCCAGAUCACGAACCUUCGAUUCGAGCGCGCUCAAGCUCCUUUCCUCGGUAUCGGCUGCUCGAGGCCGCGAUUGUCCUGGUCCUUCUCGUCUACCGACAACGACGAGCAGGACUGGACACAGACCGCCUAUGAAGUGAAGAUUGCCAGGGGGAACGUUGGGGUGGACGCUGAUGCUGCAUUUCCUAAUUGCACGAUUCAGUCUGGCGACAACCUCUUUGUUCCAUGGCCCUUCGCCCCGCUGUCUUCUCGAGAGCGAGCCGUAGUAUCUGUCCGUGUCCAGGGCUCUACCCGGCGCUCAAGGGAGUCUCGCUGGUCGGAAUGGAUCCAGGAACCGAUCGAGAUCGGCUUGCUGAGCAAAGCCGACUGGUCUUGUCACAUGAUUUCCGGAGAGAUGCAGGACAGCGCAAAAGCAAAGAGGCCAACAAGGUUCCGUACCACUGUCGAAAUCCGAGCCAACAGAAACUUGAAGACUGCGAGACUGUACAUCACCGCCCUCGGCGUCUACGAAGCAUACAUCAACGGUCAGCGAGUUGGCGAUCAAUAUUUGGCUCCCGGCUGGACCGACUACCGAUUCCGAAUCGCUUAUCAAGUCUUUGAUGUCGGUCACUUAGUGAAGCCCGGCAAGAACGUCUUGGCAGCUUGGGUGGGAGAUGGUUGGUAUUCAGGUCGUUUUGGCAUAGAGUCUGGCGAACAGAGGAACAACUACGGCGACAGGCUCGGCUUGUGGGCGCAAUUGGAGAUCGAUGGGGUAGAGAUUGCGAGAACUGAGGCGGAGAGCGGGAGCUGGCAGUGGGCAUUUGGGAGCAUUCUUCAGAGCGAACUUUACAAUGGAGAGACCUGGGAUGCGGAUCAGGCAUUGAGAGAACAAGGCUGGGACUCGGCAGACUGUGGGACAGCGGACAUGUCAGCAUGGCAACCGGUCGAAUCGCUUCCGUCGAUUCUGGAUACAAUCACCAGCAUCGAUUCUCCACCGGUCAAGGAACAAUUGAGAAUCCCAGGGCAAGAAUUGUUGAGAUCCUCAUCUGGUCGAACCAUCAUCGAUUUUGGUCAGAACCUCGCCGGAUUUGUUUGCAUCAAGUCUGUUCCACCUGAUAGCUCAUCGCGGAUUACGUUGCAGCAUGCCGAGGUCCUUGAGCAUGGAGAGCUGGGUGUCAGACCGCUACGAACUGCUAAAGCGACGGAGACGAUAACUCUUUCACCUCAAAGUGGACAUCUAGUCAAAGGCUACUCCCCAAAGUUCACCUUCCACGGCUUCCGCUACGUGCAGGUCGACGGAUGGGAUGGGGUCAGGCCUGAGGAUAUCGAAGCCGUUGUGAUACAGUCUUCGAUGAGACGUACUGGCACAUUCGAAUGCUCUCAUCCUUUAAUCAAUAGACUUUACCAGAAUGUUGUUUGGUCCACAAUGGGUAACACGAUUUCUGUCCCAACAGACUGUCCCCAACGAGACGAGCGACUGGGUUGGACAGGAGACAUUGCAGUGUUCACACCUACACUCUCGUACAUGUACGAAGCGGAUGGCUUCUUGUCUUCCUGGCUCAAGGAUUUGGCAGACGACCAAGCUACUCCAGAUCUGAACGGCAACGUCGCUGUCGUCAUUCCCAACAUCCUGAAAAAAGCAUCCAACAAGCCUUUCGCAAUCUGGGGCGACUCUGCCGUUACCGUACCAUGGGAUCUGUACCUCGCUACUGGUGAUACGAAGAUUUUGCAGGAUCAAUGGCCAUCAGCACGAAUGUGGCUCGAUCAAGGGGUCUUGAGAGACGCAAAGGGUCUAUUAUGGUCAAAACAGCAUCCUCAGCUUUCAGACUGGCUCCAUCCAGCCGCUAGUCCCCGCCGUCCAGCCAUCGGACCAACGGACAAUCACCUAGUCGCGGAUGCCUGGCUAAUCGGUACGACACGAAUGGCGGUCAAAUGGGCCGAAGUCAUCGAGGACGACAAGGCGGUUAAACAGUACACGGUGCAGAUCCAGAAUAUGAUCGAAGAGUUCCACAGGCAGUACGUCACACGAGAUGGAAGGAUCCUCAGUGAUACUCAGACGGCCUUGGUUCUCAUAUUGCACUUUGACGUCUUCCCGCCGCCACCCUCCAGUUCCAUCUUCUCGCUAAGCUCCCCUUCGAGUUACAAUCCUGAGAAGCAUCGCCAACAGUUGCAGCAGCGUCUAGGAGAACUUGUCCGUCAGGAUCUGUGGUCUGUAUCCACUGGUUUUGCCGGGACACCGCUAGUCCUCAGGACGCUUGCCGCCUCUAAGCUACACCACCACGCGUACAGGAUGCUGCAGGGUGGGACCAGUCCCUCUUGGCUGAGCUGCGUUAAAUUGGGCGCCACCACCAUCUGGGAGAGAUGGGACAGUAUGCUCGCAGACGGAACCAUUAACCCAGGAGAGAUGACCAGCUUUAAUCACUACGCCCUUGGGUCAGUCGCUCAGUUCCUGCAUGAGACAACUGGUGGUCUCAGCCCCCUGGAGCCGAGCUGGAAAAAGGUCCUCGUCGCCCCCAUGCCAGGAGGCACGAUUCGUUCAGCAAAAACUUCCUUCGAGGGACCUCAUGGUCUUGUCUACUGCGAGUGGGCCAUCAACGUCGGGGCCAAAAAUGGUCAAGUGCUAGUUGUGAAGACUGAAGUACCACCCAAUACUACCGCCAUCAUAAGGCUGCCAGGCUCCUCAGAUGUCGACGUAGGUAGCGGCAGGCGGGAGUACACAGUCCCAUGGGAAGAUGAUGUUCGCUUCCCUCCCAAGCCAUUGGAGGAUCCGUUCAGCUCUCCUACCAUCGAUGUCUUCAUCCCAUAG